GCUUCAGUCUUCCUGUUGAUUUUGUUAGUAAUCUUAUCUACUAAUCAUCUGAGGUUUGAUCGGGAUCUUCCUGCAAUAGUGAAUGUAGCAUUUCUCUGAACAGAGUAUUCUUGUCCUCGUACUUCAGUUUCUCCAGGUCAUCCAACCAUUUGGAGCUAGAGAGCUCUCCACUUGUAUAAUCAUGUAUCAGGAGUUACUUUCAGACUUUCUUGCAGGUGCACACCCUGAGGUUUCCCCAAGGUUUGUGACCUUUGAAGGUUUAGGGGUAGUCCCACCCUCCCAGUCCUUCUUCAAAUUGCUCUGACAUUGAAAUUUGGAAGAAAAAAAAACCAGAGAAAAAGCAUCAAACAAUAAGGAAACUGAAGCUCCGCUAAUUUUCAGAAGAAAGAUGGUUCAAAAUGUCUCCCUUGCCGUCACAUCGGACUUUGUGAUGUCACAUCUAAACAGUCCCAGAAAUGUGACCAAUGCCACACUGACAGCACUUCAGAGCUACGUGAUGCAGAUGGUUUUGCCAGCCCUCUUUAUGCUCAACUGCUGCAUCAGCAUUCCUCUCAAUAUAAUCUCCUUGUGGCUCCUUUGUUGGUAUUCAAGGCCUUGGACUCCUACCAUUAUAUUUUGCAUUAAUUUAAACAUUGCAGACUUGCUCUAUGGCUUCGUCCUCCCCUUCCAAAUAGCCUACCAUCUAAAGGAGAAUAAUUGGCUUUUUGGAGACGUCUUGUGUCAAAUUGUCACCAUUCUAUCAUAUGGGAACCUCCAUUGCUCCAUUUUAACCAUGAUGAGCCUUAGCAUUGAGCGAUACCUAGGCAUUGUCCACCCAUUGCGCUACAAAGCAGCCAAGCCAAUUAGGGUCUCUUUUCUGGUGUGCAUCAGCAUUUGGGCCCUAGUUUUACUCACCCUUUUCCCUCUCAUGCAGCAUAAGCUCACCAUUCAUUUACAGCAGCUCCCUAUCAUCACCUGCUUUGACGUUUUGCCAAAAGAAAUGUUUAGCUCCAAAGAAAAAUUUAUUGUUUAUUUUGGAUCCCUGCUCUUUCUAUUUUUCUUCCUACCAUUGAUCAUCAUGGGAUUUUGCUACAUCUCAAUCAUAUUAACACUUCUCCAUUCAUCUUCUCAGUUCAGAGAGAGCAAGAGGCAGACUGUCUAUUUCAUCAUAGCAUUGCUAUUCCUGAUUAUUGUUUGUUACCUCCCUCACAUUGUCAUGUCAGUGACCCAUUAUAUCCUCCUUUUCCAAAAGAAAUCAUUUUAUGUGGAAUACAAACUGUCACUUGCUAUAGCCAGCUUUAAUUGCUGCUUCGACCCAUUUCUUUAUUACUUUGGUUCCAAAGAGUUUCGACAAAAAAUACAGAGGAAACUCUGCAAGUGUGUGACAGUAAAUUUCAGUGAAAGUAGCCCAAUUUUUUCACAACGUGACAUGCAAAUCAUGCCAGUGCAAGGAGCACCAAAGAUUUAACAAUAAACAUAUUUAUUACAAUAAAUAAACAAGAAAAAUAUUAAUUUAACCAUUCAUACAGAUGGAUAUCCAUACUGAAGGAUCUAUUACUAAUGGAAAGAUUGUUUGGCUAGAAACAGAGACUUGUUGAGCAAUUUUCUCAGAACAUCAUGGAUGUAGCAACUGAUAGGUAUACUACAUUCCUACAAUGCAUGCUUUUUUAAAAACUGAGGAUAGUUAGAAAAAUCUCUGUAUAGAUAGGUCUUACUAAAUUGUGUGAAUUGGUAUAAAAUUGACAAUUGCCAUAGCAAGAUGACUGGUAUCGUUCAAAAUAUGGAGAGUCAUAUAGUUUAGAUUAAAAAUGGUUUCUGGUCUUUAUAUUGAGAUCUUAAUUGAAUAUACUUUAUGAUCAUUAAAUGCUAUAGGGAUUUUAAAGUAAUAUUUAAUAGGACAAUAAUCCAUAGAAACAAGGGGCAACAUUAAGACAAUACCAUACUAAGACAAUACUUCUGUAUGGCAGUUAGUUACUGUACAAAACAAGCUCCCCACAAUAGAAAAAAAUGUGAUUCUCUUAUUUCUGAUAUUUCUGUUAUCCAAACAUCAAAUUAACACAACUCUGAAAUAGAGUUACUGCUCUAAUGAACUGUUGAUUUAUCAACUGCCUGUCCAUUAUGUGAUUAAAGGCAUGCUUGAUGAGAUAAGCUUGACCAGAAUGAGAUAUCAUCAUCACCAUCACCAUCAUCAUCAUCAAUUAAACAUAUAUGCUGCUUGAUCCCUAGUUACUCUGGGCGGUUGUCCAUGAACAAUAAUUUCUCAUUUUACGUAUAUUUGAGUGGCCUGUAGUCUAAGAACCCUUCCUAUUCUGUUAUUCUGUUCUAUAAUUCCACUUGGACCAGGGUAAAAGUGUUCACUUGCAGUAUUGAGGAGAGCACCAUCCUGAAAGCAGUCAAAUAUUUAACUAAUUAAUACUUCUUGCCUUUGGAUUUUUUGGAUUGUUUUUGUAACAUGGCAUGAUUUGUUUAGAUUUUUUUUAACCUGAUCUCUUUCUAUGAUAUAAUUUUGUUGCCAAUUUUCAUUGAGGCAAUAUAGGGGUGAUGGAACAAAGUUUGUGUUAACCAUAGAAACCAUGAAUAAACAGUUAUAUAUUAUUUGAAGAACAAUGUAUAAACAAACACUGUAUGGGUAAAACCCUAAAAUCAUCAGUCACCAUCUUAGCUCCCAAAAUAUAUAUUAGAAGCAGGAGUCAUCUAUACUCAGGUCAUCAACCCAGAUUUAUAUGGCAGGUCAAACUGAUCAUUAAAACCAACCUUUUAUGUUCCAAAUUACUAAAGAAAUAACCCCAAAUAGAUUUGCUAGCUUUCUUAUCCCAUGUUAAAGAAAAUCUUGGCUUCUUCAACCAUAGUUUACUAUAUAAACUGCAAAUUAAUAAGUUCAUAAACAUGCUAACCAAUUAAUAAUUGGUUAACAUAACCCUCAAACAACUAUCAAUCAAAACUAGGUAUGCACGCCCCUUACCUCUCCUACACCAAAUACUACAGGUCUCAAAUGUAAAUUAAUAAAUGCAAGAAGUAUUCUAAAAAAAUUACCUGAAUUUACCCUCUUAUUAAACAAUGGUAUAUUUGAUAUCAUAUUUGUUUGUGAAACAUGGCUGAACUCAUCCCUCACUGACUCCAUUAUUUCAAACAAAGAGUAUCAAGUUCUUCAUUCAGAUUGUGAACACUGCAGAGGUGGUGGAGUAGCUAUCUUUUACAAAAAAUCACUGAACUUAAAAAAUAUUCAAGUUGCACAUAAACUUUCUCUUCCUGAAACUAUUGUAUGUGACCUGUCCUCAAACACCACACUUAGAUUCAUACUAUGCUACAGAGCCCCUGACUAUGACAUCGCUCAUGCAAAUAUGUUAACCUCACUGCUAACAUGGGCUACCUCUUGCCCAUAUCCUCUCAUCUUCCUGGGUGACCUAAAUCUACCUUCUAUAAACUGGAUAACAAAUGAAUGUACAACCGAACCAAUCCAUACUACACUAUACAGCGCUGUUACAAACCUAGGUAUUGAACAACUAGUAACUAACAAUACAAGACUCAAGAACUGUCUCGAUCUCAUCUUUUGUAAUAACACGAACUCAAUUUAUGGACUACAAAUAAAAGAACCCUUUUCCAACAGCGACCACUGCAUGAUAGACUUUUGUCUCAAUAUACGCCCUCACAUAAAUCAACAUAACAACACUACUCCAAACUACAACUUCAAAAAAGCCAACUAUGACCUUAUAAACAACGAUCUCUCAUUUCUUGACUGGCAAAAUCUAUUCUCAACCUGUAUCACUGCAGCAGACCACUAUAAAGUAUUCCUACUUGAAAUCAAUAAAAUCAUCAAACUAUACAUACCACAAAUCACCACCAAAAUAAAAAAAAAACAAAUUACCCAAUCCCAAAAAAAAAAAUCCCUUUGGAGAAGAAACAAAAAGGGCUAUGUAGCAAACUUCAAAAACCGCUACAGAAAUAUUUGCAACCAAAUGAAAACUGAAUGUAACACACCAAGCAAGGAGAAGACCUUCUACGCACUAAUUACAAUCGUGCUUUUUAUAAUUUUGUGAACAAUAAACUUAAAGAAACAAGAUCCAUUCCACCCAUUAAAAGAAUCUAACAGCAAAGAAUAUACUGAAGAAACAGUUAAAGCAAACCUCUUUAACACAUUCUUUGGCUCAAUCUUCAUAAACAGUGAUGGCUCAUAUCCAACAUUCCCCAAUUGUACUAACAAUGAGUACAACGACUUAAGACUUAUAGACUUCACAGAAGAUAAUGUUGAAAAAGCUCUUCGCAACCUAAAACCAUCAUUAUCUAUUGGGCCUGAUGGACUAUGUGCAUACCUCUUAAAAAUACUUUCAAUUAAUAUAGCAGAACCCCUAAGCAUAAUCUUCAAUAAAGCUUUCACAACUAGUUCCCUUCCCAAUCUCUGGUCUCUAGCCACAGUCAUCCCUAUCUUAAAAAAGGAGAUUCCAGUCUAGUUGAAAACUACAGACCUAUCUCUCUAUGUUGCGUCACAUGCAAAGUAAUGGAAUCUAUCAUAAACUGAUCCAUUACACUCCACCUAGAAACAACCAACCUACUCUGUAAUAAACAAUUUGGUUUCAGAAAAAAUUAUCAUGUAACUGACAACUUCUCCACUGCAAAAACAUAUGGACUACUAACCUUGAUCAAGGAAAAGCAAUAGAUGCAAUCUACAUAGACUUCUGCAAAGCUUUUGACUCAGUAGUACAUGAUAAACUUCUCCUAAAACUAAAAUCCUACAGCAUUUCAGGACUUCUUCACAAUUGGAUUAAUGCCUUCCUGUCAAACAGACAUCAAAUGGUCAAAAUUGAGAAUGCUCUAUCAAAUCCUGUUCCUGUCAAAAGUGGCGUUUGUAAUGUAUUUGAAUUUUUGGAGGGAAAUUUGGGUGGGAAAAUGUACGUUCCUGAUUGGCUGGUGCCUCAGCCAAAACACUAUAUAAAGAGAGAUGUUUGCCUAUUGUUUUUGCUGGGUUCUCACAAUAAACC